AAAGAAACGUACGCAAACGGACAGCGGCAGUAGCGGCAGUAGCAUGAGCUCGCCAACUCCGCUCAACAAGGGCCUCAUGGCCGUGUACCGGCGUGUCGUGGAUAACGUCCUCGCCGUCGUAGCGGUGCCGCUCGUCGCCGCCGCUCUCAUUGCGGCAGCGCGGUCCGGGCCCGACGAGCUGGCCGGCCGGCUCGGAGAAGCCCGGCCCGUGCACCUCUUCUUGGCCGCGUUCCUCCCGACCGCAGCGGUGACGAUCUACCUCAUGCUGCGCCCACGCACGGUGUACCUGGUCGACUAUGCGUGCUUCCGCACGGCGCCCAACUGCCGCGUCCCCUUCUCCACCUUCCUGGAGCACGCCAAGCAGGUGCCCGUCCUCAACGAGCGCAGCAUCCGGUUCAUGACCAAGCUGCUCGAGCGCUCGGGGCUCGGGGAGGAGACGUGCCUGCCGCCCGCGCACCACUACAUUCCGCCGUACAGCUACUGCACCCUCGACGCGGCGCGCGGCGAGGUCGACCUCGUCGUCUUCUCGGCCAUCGACGACCUGUUCGCAAAGACUGGCAUCAGUCCCGACGCCAUCGACAUCCUCGUCGUCAACUGCAGCCUGUUCUGCCCCACGCCGUCCUUCGUCGACAUGAUCAUCAACAAGUACAAGUUGCGCAGCGACAUCCGCAGCAUGCACCUCUCCGGCAUGGGGUGCAGCGCGGGGCUCAUCUCCGUGGGGCUCGCCAGGAACCUCCUGCUGACCGCUCCGAAAGGCUCGCACGCUCUGGUCGUCUCCACUGAGACCAUCACGCCAAACUACUACGUUGGCACCGAGCGCGCUAUGCUCCUGCCCAACUGCCUGUUCCGCAUAGGCGGCGCCGCCGCGCUGCUGUCAAAUUCCCAGGCCAAGGCCAGGUUCCGCCUAAAGCACGUCGUUCGCACGCUCACCGGCGGGCAGGACAACGCGUACCGGUGUGUGUUCCAGGAGGAAGACGACAAGGGCAACGUCGGGAUCAACCUAAACAAAGACCUCAUGAGAAUCGCCGGCAAUGCGCUCAAGGCCAACAUCGCCGCCAUCGGGCCGCUGGUGCUGCCGGCUUCCGAGCAGCUCCUCUUCGCCCUCUCCUUCAUCGCGCGGAAGAUGCUCAGCAGGCUGGUCAAGCCGUACAUCCCCAACUUCCGCACGGCCUUCGAGCACUUCUGCAUCCACGCGGGCGGGCGCGCUGUCGUCGACGAGCUGCAGCGCAGCCUCAAUCUGUCCGACGAGCAGGUGGAGGCGUCGCGCAUGACAUUGCACCGGUUCGGGAACACCUCGAGCAGCUCGUUGUGGUACGAGCUGGCCUACGUCGAUGCCAAGGGGCGCAUGCGCAAGGGUGACCGUGUGUGGAUGAUCGGAUUUGGUUCCGGCUUCAAGUGCAAUAGUGCCGUGUGGGAGUGCAUCGAGCCCGCGGCCAACGCGGAGGGACCGUGGGCCACGUCGAUCCACAGGUACCCGGUGGACAUUCCAGACGUGCUGAAGCACUAACAACCGAGCUUGGUGGGCAUCAACAAGUGCAUGCUUUCACUUAAAUCCCGCAUAAUAACUGAGAUAUAAGUACAUGUGUCGUUAUAUAGCUGUCAGUCUGAUUAUACAAGUGCAUGCUUCUGUUUGCACUAUUCAUAUAUACCACAGUGUUGUAAUAUCAUACGUGUGUGUGACAAAGGCUUGAAGCAAUAUUAUACUCUUAACUUGUUGUAUAGCUGUCAGUCUGAUUGUUCAGUCGACGUGAUCGACGUUACGGGCAAAAUUCACUACAGUCAUUUUCGCUUCACUAUAUGUAUAUGCAGUGGUUUGCCCUUUGCAGGCUUGCAACUAGGAUAAAAAGAGUUUCUCUGCCUAA